UCCAAAAAUCGACAGCCUCCUCUCUCAAUUUAAAUGCUGGAGGAGAGAGCUCCCCUUUAGAUUCACAGAUCUCAACGAGCUCAUGUUUACAAUGGCAGACCUAUUCGGUUCUCACUUUCGCAUCGGAUCUAAGGGAGAUAACUCGGAGUGCUGGAAGAUGGUAUAGUUGGGAGGGCUGCCAUAGUUGUAGUAAGUAAAUCCAGAGGAAUGGAAGUAGCUGGUGCUGUGGAUUCUGUUCUUGUGGGAGAAGAUGUUGGGAAGGUGUGUAAUAUGGAGGAGCCUUUCGAAAUACCUAUCAUUAGUGAUUUGACCAUGGUUUUGGGUUCCAUCUCUCAAUCGAAAGCAGUUAGUGUGGUCAAUGAUUUCAUCGACCUGUCAACGGUUUAUGACAAUGUGAAACAGGCGACGGCCUUUGGCAUGAGGAGUGUUGUUUAUGUGCCGAGGAUCAGCGUAGAUACAGUGACAGCAUUAUCUGCAUUCUGUGAGAAGGCCAGCAUGGGUUGUCUUAUUGCGCUGAAGCUCUCUGUUGGUUCUGUACUUCUGCAACAAGCCACUAUUUUAGCCUCGUUCCACUACAAAAAUGUAGAGAUUGUUGAAUUAGGACCUAAUGCAUCGGUAACUUGAAAUGAGGAGAAAAAUUGUAACAAAAACAAUAAACCUCAAGGUUUCAAUUCAAAUACUUACUGUAUCUUUUUACCUGGUUAGUUACCAGGUGCAUGUUUGGGUGCUCAACUGAAAUGAAUCAGAAUAGUCAGUUCAAUAAAUAGGGAACCAGAAACAGGACACUAGUUAAUGUGUUACUAGCCACCAAAUUACCAUAACUAUCAUUUUAAGUCCAACAGGAGAUUCAUUGAAUUGCAAUUAGGGUGUGAUUGUCAUUAUGAAUUACAAUGGUUCCACCCAUCCUUUAGCCAUUUCCUCUUUACUGGAUUAAUUCAUUGUAAUUCAAUUUAAUUGAGCUCCCAAACGAAUAAAAGACUUACAAAUCAUGCCUUAUGGAAAUGUAAGUAAUUUGGGAUUUGACAUCAGUCUUCACCACUCUUCACAUGAUAAUACAUUUGACGGUUUAGUCAGAGUAACGGAGCUCUUCACUAAUAUCCAAAAUGUGAUGUGUUAGUAGUUAACAUGGCUUUGAUCUUGAGAGGCAGUUUUAGUCUGCAACAUUCUUUCUACAGUUUUUCAUGAAAAGAGGAAAAAGAAAAAACACUCUUUCUGCAAUAUAUUGUUUGGGAAAAUGGAGUUGAAUUACACCAUCAUUCUAUCAGUUUUAAGUAUGAAUCUUCCCUUGUUUUUGUUAAAGAUUCAUGCUUAGUUGUGGCAUUGAAGUUAGGCAUUCUUCUGAGAUGGUAAUGCUAAUUCCUUCUUCAUCACCGUGAUUUGUUCCAUGCGGAUUAUGUCUUAUAUUGCUUGCAUUAGUCUCAUUUUGGCUGGCGAAAUGAUGUGUAACCAGCAUCAACCCUGCUUCGGAACAUUGAAGAUUACAUAGGCUCAAUGCAUAAAAGAAAAACCUCAAUCAAACCUUCUGUUUUUGUCUUCCAAGUACCUCCAGGAUGACUAAAUUUUGAAGAGGGUGAUAUUGGUCAUGAAUAUGAUAUCUCCAUUCAUGCCAUUGUUCCUAAGAAUAGAACUUUUUAAAGAAUUUCUUCAAUCUUCUAUUGCCUUAAAGAGAUAGAAUUGCUCACUGAAAUUGCUAUGAAAUUGCAAAAUUCUAAGCAAUUUUUUGACAUGACCUGUAAUUUCCCAUCAAUUAUCAAAACAAGAUGUAGUUGUAAUUCCUAUUUAUAAAACAUUACAAUGUGCAUGUACUGAUGCUAUUUGGUUUAUUUCCUAAUUUUCUUGACUGGAAUAUUAUCUUGAUGAAAGACAAUCAAUUGUCUUUGCUCACUUUUUCUAUGGAAGUUGUAGCAUUCAUAUUGACAUGAGAUACAAGUGGAACUAUAGGCAUUGGGAUUCCAUCAAUGCCUGAGUUUUCAUUAGCUUCUCUAUUGUAUACUGAGUUUUCAUUGCUCGAGUGAGUUGCUUUCAGGUCCUAAUGAUGAAUCUCCUGCAAACAUUGAAGCCGCAAAACGGGCCGCCUCACCAUUUCUAGCUGGUUUGACAUUCCAUUCUCUGUUCUCCUCAAUGAGGACCAAGAUUUCCACACUCUCCAAACAUAGCACUGUCUACAAUUUAGAAGAGUUGUUUAAAUAGGACCCACUGCUGAAGAAUACAAUGUUCAGGUAAUGAAUUUUUAGUGUUGUUUGCUAAGCAGGCAAUAUAAGUACCUUUUCUGGAAAGAAAAUCUGGAUAUAUGAUAAUCAUAGGACUCAAGAAAAUGGUUGGUAAUAAAAUUUCUAUUUUCUUGAUAUUCUUUUGUUUUCAUGUGUAGAUGAAGGAAUGGGUAUUAUAUGUUGGAACAAAAGGUUGCUGAUAACAGGGAACAUGCCCCUUCACUCAUCUUCAUGGAUGAGAUCAAUAGUAUUGGAUCUGCUCGUAUGGAAUCGGGGACUGGCAAUGGUGAUAGUGAAGUUCAACGUACUAUGCUUGAGCUUCUCAAUCAACUUGAUGGAUUUAAAGCAUCCAACAAGAUCAAAAUAUUUAUAUUUAUUUUUUUCUUGUGAAUUGCUUGAAACCAUCAAAGUUCUAUUUUAUCUCUAUGUCGUACUCAUAAGGAAAUUUAUCUUCUAUCCAGGUUUUGAUGGCUACCAAUCGUAUAAAUAUUCUGGAUCAAGCCCUCCUUAGGCCUGACCGGAUUGAUAGGAAGAUUGAAUUCCCAAAUCCCAAUGAAGAGUCCCGCUUCAAUAUCUUGAAAAUACACUCGAGGAAGAUGAAGUUAAUGCGUGGGAUUGAUCUGAAGAAGAUCUCAGAGAAGAUGAAUGGUGCAUCUGGUGCAGAACUUAAUCAGAUGGGCCACACACUUAAAUCAAUUGGCAGCUUAUGAUCAGAGCAAAGGUACAAUUAAGGCACACCUGGUGAAUGGGUCGAUUUGAUUUUCUUGCCAGGGGAACUUCAUGAUGGGCCCCACCUUUUGCAUGGCUUAGAUGUUCUCCACACGCCCCAUGUUGGUAGGAAAAAACAGGGUAGCAUAGUAAGCAUAGCAUGCAAUGUUUGUAUGUGAUCAUUCCUCAUUAAUUAGAGAGAAUUUUCUUAUGAUUGAAAGCAAGAAUCAGGUCAUGGGUUGGGCUAUUGCGUCACCAUCAUCAACAUAUGGCUGAUUUAAUGGUUGAUUUAAUGGCCAUGUAGCCACAUUUCCAACAUGGGAUAUUUAUUGGAAAGUUAAAAAGUGAAAAAUCCAAUUUUCCUGUUUUAACAAAAAGAUGCCCACUAAUUCAUAUGUUAGGAUUGUUCAAACAAUAUGAUGUUUGGAAUGUGGCUUAGAAGUGUAGCAGUGUUGCCUAUUUUCGUCCAUCGUUUUCGUAUGGGCCCACCAUCUUGCAUGCAAGCAUUUUGUCUUUUCAUAUUUAAUUCUUUUGUAACUCUUGUUA